AUGUCAACUAUGGAAGCUACCAACGGUCAUAACAAGGCCUGCUGUAACGUUCCGCCUGUUGUCAGCUCUGACUAUGUGGCCAAGGGCUCGUACAGCCAGCUCGGAGGAUUGAAGACUUACUCAACCGGACCCGAGAACGUCACUAAGGGGAUUGUCAUCAUUUCCGACAUCUUCGGAUUUUCCGACCAGGCCCUUCAGGGUGCCGAUAUCCUCGCGACCAGUCAUCGUCACCAGCAUAAGACUUUCAUUCCGGAUUGGUUUGAUGGAAGUCCCCGUCCCUCGGAAUGGUUCCCACCCGAUACCGAGAAAAAGCAAAAAGAUCUAGGUGCAUGGUUUGGUAACCACAUGCCACAAGGUCCUGCCGCUGUCUUGCCCCAGUAUGUUGCGGCUCUCAAGGCUGCCAAUCCAUCCAUUGAGUCGUGGGCUCUUGUCGGCUUCUGCUGGGGUGGUAAAGUCGCCGAAAUCAUCACCUCCGACGGAGAGAACCCAUUUGAGAUUGCUGCUACCUGCCACCCUGCUAUGAUCGACCCAUCUGGAGCAGAGAACAUCUCGGUUCCAUUCAUGCUUCUGGCAGCUGGCGAAGACCCUGCUGAAGAUGUGAACAAGUUCGAGAGUCAGUUGAAGGUGCCCCAUCAUGUGGAGACGUUUACGGACCAAGUCCAUGGUUGGAUGGCGGCUCGGGCUGAUUUGUCUGACCCUCAUGUUCGUGAUGAAUAUGCCCGCGGAUACAAGACCGUUUUGGACUUUUUUGAGAAGCACUGGAUCUGA